AUGGCUUCUACCUCACACAGCCGCAAACCGUCAAGCCGCGCCGCCCUUCCACGGCGCACGACCAAGGGACCGUUGGACGCGCCAUCAGAUCCCCUUGCUGUGUCUGCAGCGUCUCAGCAGCUCCUGUCGCCGCAGAGCGAGGUCAGUGAACCACUGUCGCGGGCCUCGACAUCGACAAAUGUACAGCAGGAACCACCUGCACCUGACACUCAAGCCGAUGACCGAGACUUGUCCUUUCUUCUCGACUCUUCCAUCUAUCAUGCCCUCUCCCAGGUCGAAGUGCCCGGCACAUUCCGGAAACCGUUCCUUCCACCUCCCGGUGCGGAAGCACCACUCAGUGCAUCCCUGCAACAACUCGACGCCUUACUCUCACAAGGCGACUUCCUCCGUGCCGCGCAGUUUGCUGGCUCGAUCUUGGUCUCAGGCACCAUCAAACCUACGGACGCGGACACGAUUUUUCGAGUCAUGGAGAUUCGAUAUUCUUGUCUAGAGCUGUCUGGUAAUCUAUUGAUGGCCGCCCAGGAGGCGAAAGCGCUCGAGGAUUUGAGUUCGGGCUUCUACUACGACGAUCCACAUCCAGAGAAGGUAUCCGAGGAUGAUGGGGCCGAGCGUCAAUCACGUAAAGUCCCUGAGCACAUCAUGCCAUUUGGUUUACGGUUACAAGCACUGCGACUUCAGAGCCUCGGUUUCUCUGACCCGCGGAGAGGUGUGUCGUCGCUCUAUGACGUCGGAUUGGAGUGUAGAGAGCACUUGUCCUCUCCACUCACGACUCUGGAACAGAGGAAGCUGUGGACGGAGAGACUACGUGAAGUCUCUAUCAGGGUGGUGAAUGCACUUAUCGAGAUGGGCGAUCUGGAUACUGCUGCCAGGACGCUUGAAAGCUUGAAGCCCGGCGAAGAGGAAGAUCUUGCGCUGUGGGUUUCGAGGAUAGUCUUGCUGAGGAUCAAAAUGGGCGAUAUCUCGCGCGCCGAAGAGCUCAUCCAGUCAACCGCUCUCAAGUCACCAGAGAAGGUGGUCCUUCGUUCACUUCUAGCGGUUGCUCAAGGUCGAUUCGACGAAGCCGCGAAGGUGCUCUACGAGAACGAAGCGAGCACUGAUCCAGCUGUUGCAGCCGUGGUAAAGCAGAAUCUUGCUGUGGCAAAUCUGUACCGUGGGCAGAUCCUAAAUGCCAGGCAGCACCUGGAAGAGCUUGUUGAUGCCGGUUAUUCCUUCCAGACUCUGACGGUCAACCUUGCGACCAUAUACGACCUGACGUCCGACAAGUCCAGGGAUUUGAAGACGUCAAUGGUGUCUCGAAUCGCGAAUCACCAGCAGGAAAAGAAUCCAAGUCGUUCGUACUUGAAUGCCGACUUCAAGCUAUGA